AUGCAACAAUGUGACAGUCCCUAUGUGGUGAAAUACUAUGGAAGCUACUUCAAGAACACCGACCUGUGGAUUGUAAUGGAAUACUGUGGAGCGGGGUCGGUAUCGGACAUUAUCAGGCUCAGGAACAAGACGCUCACGGAAGAUGAAAUAGCCACAAUUCUCAAAUCCACCUUGAAGGGUCUGGAGUACCUUCACUUUAUGAGGAAAAUCCACAGAGACAUUAAAGCUGGAAAUAUCCUUCUCAAUACAGAAGGCCAUGCGAAACUGGCGGAUUUCGGUGUGGCCGGGCAGCUGACAGACACGAUGGCCAAGCGCAACACGGUGAUCGGCACCCCAUUCUGGAUGGCGCCAGAGGUGAUUCAGGAAAUCGGCUACAACUGCGUGGCGGAUAUUUGGUCGCUGGGCAUCACGUCCAUCGAAAUGGCUGAGGGGAAGCCUCCGUACGCAGACAUCCAUCCCAUGAGGGCCAUUUUCAUGAUUCCCACGAACCCUCCUCCCACAUUCCGGAAGCCGGAGCUCUGGACGGACGAGUUCACGGAUUUUGUGAAGAAGUGUUUGGUGAAGAACCCCGAGCAGAGAGCUACUGCCACUCAGCUUUUACAGCACCCGUUUAUUAAGAAUGCAAAGCCCGUCUCCAUCCUGCGUGACCUUAUAACCGAGGCCAUGGAGAUCAAGGCCAAGAGACACCAGGAGCAACAGAGGGAGCUGGAAGAGGAGGAUGAGAACUCGGAGGACGAGGUGGAGGUGGACUCCCACACCAUGGUGAAGACGGGCUCCGAGGGCGCGGGCACCAUGCGGGCGACAGGCACCAUGAGCGACGGGGCGCAGACCAUGAUCGAGCACAACAGCACCAUGCUGGAGUCCGACCUGGGCACCAUGGUGAUCAACAGCGACGACGAGGAGGAGGACGGCACCAUGAAGAGAAAUGCUACUUCACAGCAAGCACAAAGACCGUCCUUCAUGGAUUACUUUGACAAGCAGGAUUCGAAGAACAUAGCUCAUGAAAACUGCAACCAGAAUAAGCAGGAGCCAUACCAUUUAGCCAAGAAUGCCUUCCCAGAUAAUUGGAAAGUGCCACAGGACGGAGACUUUGACUUCACUCAACUGCUGGGGAUUCUCAUUUCUAUUAUUGGCAACUUUUUGAUCAGCAUUUCUUUAAAUAUACAGAAGUACACCCACGUGCGUGUGUCUAAGUGUCCCGACUCCAAGCCCUAUUACAAGAGCGCACUCUGGUGGUGCGCCAUCAUCCUGAUGGGGAUUGGAGAACUGGGCAACUUCACGGCCUAUGGAUUUGCCCCUGCUACACUAAUUGCUCCCCUGGGAUGCGUCUCUGUUAUCGCCAGUGCAGUUAUUUCCGUCAUUUUCCUUAAAGAGACCCUGCGUGCCUCGGAUAUCUUGGGUGGGGCGCUCGCGGUAUCCGGGACCUAUCUCCUCAUCACGUUUGCCCCCAGUGUUGCGCAGAAGAUCACGGCACGGGUCGUCCAGAAGUACUCCGUCAGCUGGCAUUUUCUCAUUUACAUAUGUUUAGAAAUAAUUGUGUUCUGCAUCCUGCUGUAUCUCCACGAGAAGAAGAACGUGAAACAUAUUGUUGUGGUGCUGAUGCUGGUAGCUUUGCUAGCCUCCCUGACGGUCAUUUCUGUGAAGGCCGUCUCCGGCAUGAUAACCGAGUCGGUGAAAGGCAGCUUGCAGCUCACCUACCCCAUAUUCUACGUGAUGACGGUGGUAAUGGUCGCUUCCUGUGCCUUUCAGAUCAGGUUUUUAAACCAGGCUAUGAAGCUUUUCAAUGCGACUGAAGUGGUGCCCAUUAACUUUGUGUUUUUCACAGCAAGUGCAAUAAUUGCAGGUGUAAUAUUUUAUCAGGAGUUUUACGGGUUAGCUUUGCUAAACAUCUUCAUGUUUCUGUUUGGGUGCCUGCUGUCGUUCCUUGGAGUGUUUCUGAUUGCCAGAAACAGACCAGAAUCUAAAACGGAGCAUCCUUUCAUUGACAUCGGGCAAGUACCUGGGAAAACAUCCACGGAUAAGAUCCAGCCGGAGACCGGAGGUACAUCCUACGGGGCCCUGGAUGCCGAAAUGAUGCCUUUAGAGAAGAAAGAUGAUCAGACGGGGGACUCCAAAUAAAUCUGGCUCCGUUUCCCAGCGGGCCAGAGCCACUUCCUUCGUGUCUUCGGAGUUUUACACGAGGAAUGAAGUCUUUUCCCAGCUAUGAAACAGACCGAAGAAGUGCCUCUCACGAAAGGGAUGGAUUUUUUCUCCCUUCCAGUACCGGAGGAGGAAAACUGGUGCCAAUUGGGAGACCCGUUGAUUUAAAAAAAAAACCCAGAAAGCUUUGUUUCAUUUCCAGCAGCAGUGGAGCAGAGUGAAUGUUUACAAGACCGUAAGAAUCCGGACAGAUGUGGCGAAAAGGAAUAUUUAAAAUUAUUUAAAGGGCAGUCUGCCGAAGGUGAAUGUGACUGGUGGCUUAAAAAAACAACAACAUGUAACUCAGUAUUCAGGGUGAUGGGGCGUCCUGCUGUGAGACCAGGAUGUAUUUCAGUGAGUCAGAACGAAGGGAGGGCAAGAGCCCAUAUAUCAACUGUGGGGUACACUCUGGUGAAGAUUAAUAAAAAAAAUAUGCAAAAGA